AUGAGAUAUUCCAAUCCAAAAAUUAAGGUGCUAGCAAACAAUGGUGACUUCGUUAGUAAGGAUGACUCUAUUUGGUGGAGAGACGUCAUGACUAAUAAGAUUAACAUAGGAGGUAUGGAGGAAAGAUUCUCUAGUUUUGUCAAAUGCGGAGUUGGAAAUGGCAAUAAUAUUCUAUUCUGGGAUAGUAUUUGGUUGGGGAAUCAAACAAUUCGUUCCUCUUUUCCCGAUUUGUAUGAUCUUACAACUAAAAAACUAUCGUCUUUUGGAGAUAUUUUUCACGAGCAAGGUGACAUUCAUAGUUGGCAUGUUGACAGGGUGAUAGGUGGGAAUUCUGGUUCGGCUAUAGGUGGAAAUUCAGGUUUGGCUCAGGGUCGGCAGCGGCAUGUUUUUUAUGCUGCCAGCGUUUCUGCUCGAGAUCAAUGGAGAACUCUCCAUUCCAUGUUGCAGCCUAUUUCUCUAGAAGUAGAGGAUCUGGAUUCUUUUGAUUGGAUUCUAAAUCCAUCUGGCCUUUUCAUUGUUUCUUCUGUUCGGUUGGUAAUGGAGGAAGCCAAAGAUUUUGCUUGGCAAUCGAACACGAUCAGCUGGAUGAAAACUAUUUGGGCCCUUAAAAUUCCGUUAAAAGUACAGGUUUUUUCUUGGAGAUUCUUGGCCGGUAGAUUACCGUUAAGAGAUCAGUUGCUUCGUAGGAAUGUUCCUAAUAUUGCUUCCGUGAAUUGCCCUUUUUGUGAAACUCAAGCGGAGAAUUUGAAUCAUUUAUUCUUCGACUGCUCGAUGGCUAAAUUCAUAUGGGAAAGGAUUUUUGUUUGGUUGGGGGCUGGCCAAUUUUUAUCUCUUGCUGAUUUCAGGUCUUUCAGUGCAAUUCAGGAGAAAGUGAAGUUAGAAAUCAUUAAGGAGAAGAUCAACAUUGUGUGGAUUUCAACUAUAUGGAGCCUAUGGAAUAUGAGAAAUUCCAUGGUUUUUGAGAACCAUUUGUAUAGUUUUGAAUGGGUUUUUAACAGUGUUCUUUUUUUCUCUUGGAGAGGGGUGUCCCUAAGUCUUUCUUUGACCAAUUUUUGUUCUUAUGAUUGGUACAAAGUGCCCUUAAUAGGUGUCAGUUCUGUUUAG